CGUUUUGGUUACCCUAGAAAAUGCCGUGUUUGUUUGUAAUGGAAAAGGAAGUGAUACAAAAACAAACAGCAAAUGAUAGUUUGAAAAAAUAAAUAAAUAAAUAACUGCAUGAUUAUAUCAAGUUAUGCAACAUUGUCAAACUGAGUUUACCGUGCAAGUGUUAAGUCUAGUAGUACGGUGCCGUGUAGUUACGUAACUUGAUGGGUUUUUUUUUUAAUCUGGCACUUGAUGGAUACAUGGCCCCUUACUUACUACAAUGAAAUAUAAUAAAACACAAGAUUUCUUCAUAAAGUAAUGAAGACUGUUUGUAAUUCUAGACCCCAGUCGUACUACGUCUAAAAUGAGAAACACAUUAGAAAGUGAUUUUGUAUUUGUCUGUAGUACUUGUACAUUUUGUGGGAAAGCGUAUACGCCACUGUAUUGUACAAAAAGUGCGUUUUCUGGUUGCCUGGUCCUAUUUUUUAGUAUCGGGGAAGGUCCAGGGUAGAAAAAAAAAAUCAGUGUUGUUAAAAUGCAAUGAAUAACUUUAUUGGAUCUUGGUUCAUGCCGCUAAUUUAAGGCAUGUAAAACAGAGGGUUUAUAAAAUGUCUGUUAUGAUUUCAUUCGAUGCCAGUGGCAAUUAAAUAAGUCCACAGAGCAGUUUCAAACACUGUCUAACCAAAAAGUUAAGAAUGGGGGAGUGUGUGUUUUGUUUUUCAUCAGGUAAAAGAAGGAAGCCCUCCUAGAAGAUCACUGGAUUGGGAUCACAAUCAAUCAUUACCAAAAAAAAAAAAAAAAAAAAAUUAAGAAAAAAAAAUAGCAGUAACGGUCUUCAAGACGUUAUCUGAUCUCUCUGUUUUCUGGUUGCUGUUAAAACUCAGCAACUCCCCUCCCCUAUUUCUCUGUAUCACAGCCCUUCAAUGAACUCUGUAGCGGAAGAUUUAUAAUUGUUUGUCCAUCCCAUUUUACUGGGCUGUCUGCUACAGCCCCACCCAAAGCACAGGAGAGGAAUCCCCCCAAAAAGGACUUGUUCCCUCCAGUACUUGUGAUUUGCGGGCAACAUAGAGUUGCGGGCACCAGAAGGCUGUUGGUGAAUUGAGUCUUCAAAGCUGUGUGACGGAGAGGGGGAAUAAACAAGAGUUUCUCAGGCCUCUUUAAGUAUAACUCAUGGAGUGAGUGUUCCUUCAGGCCCUGCAGGAGAAGCUGAGUGAAAGUGGGUGAAGAAGGGGCAGACCCACUGAACAGCAACAGAGAAGAGUCUUUUGGUCCGGUCUGGGAAGCGAAGGGAUCCAAGAAGAGGCUUUUUCAGUUGAUCCUGAUCAUCAGAAGAAAGACAGACCUACAUUGAGACAGGAGUUGUACCUAUACCAAUCAGCUCUUCAGCCUCAUCUGUAGAGACAAGUCAUCAGAAUGUCCAGCCAAGGAGAUGACUGCUAUUUCUUUUUCUACUCCACCUGUUCCAAGGGUGACAGCUGUCCGUUUCGUCACUGCGAAGCAGCUCUGGGCAGUGAAACAGUCUGCAACCUCUGGCAGGAGGAACGUUGCUUCCGGAAAGUGUGCAAGUUCCGCCACAUGGAGAUCGAGAAAAAGAGAAAUGCAAUUCCCUGCUACUGGGAGACCCAACCUGCUGGAUGCAGGAAGUUGAACUGCGCUUUUCACCAUGAAAAAUCUCGCAUAAUCGAUGGAGUUUUCAUUCCACCCAGUCAAACUCCACUCAUGAGAAAAGAAGUCAAUGAGGUGCAGCCCCCAGAGCCUGUUCCCCCAACCCUUGCUCCCUCCAACCCCCCGAACCCCCAGCUCCGAGGGGUGAUCAAGGCAGAGACUUUGGAGAAUGUGCCCAGUCCCACACACCCCCCCGUUGUUAUUAAUGCUGCAGACGAUGAAGAUGAGGACGAUGAUGAUGAGGUCUCUGAUGAAGGAGAGGAUGGUAAACCUGGGUUGGUGUCCUCUCCUGAUGGACUCCAGAAUGGCCUGGUGAUCACUGGCACAAGAAAACACAUCCCCAGUCCUACCAAAGAUGACUCAUUAAACUUUGGCAUUAAAACACUUGAAGAAAUCCGACUGAGAAAGGCAUUAAAGGCGAAUUUAAUAAAAUCUGGUAAUUACUUAAGUGGUGUCGUUCCUCUAGCCGAACAGCAGGACAGGACAGGUCUGGAGAAGGAAAUUGUGAGGUCCGUGGUGAGACCAGCCUGCCUCUCAACAAAGAAAGUUGUCCCGGUCCAAGGUGAUGCUUUCAUGAAACGCAACAUAGCUGAAAGGCUGGGCAAACGAAAGGCAGAACUGGAGGGAGAUGUAGUUGUAAAAAAAGUUGAGAGCAAUCUUUCCGUGAAGCGCUGUCUUGCUGAGAGGCUAGGCAGGAAAGUGGAUUCCGCAGAGGAGCGCGCAGAUGUCAUUCUCAAUAAAGUGCCGAAGUCAAUGAGGAAACGUCUGGGAUUUCCUGUGGAACAGCCAGCUACUGAAACAGGGAAUGACAAUCGAGCAAAAUGGUCUGGUGUGGUCCGCAUAAAGACUCUUGAGGAGAUUCGACUAGAGAAGGCGCUGAAGAUGCAGGGAGAGAGGGAGCAAAACCGCCCAAUACAGCCCUCAGCCCGGACAGUGAGCCCAGGGAAGAAACCCAGCAAACCCCUUGUGAACGUUGAUGUCAAAACCUCUGAAAUCCAGCACACCAAGAAGCAGGAACAGCUGGAGGAGCAGCAGAAAGCUGCCAGGAGCCUCCUCCUCGAGACGGCAGCCUCAGACACACAGAAAGAGAGGAAAGAGGCAGCACCAGGGAAAGGGCUGUCUGAGCCGGGGGAGGUCCGGGUGAAGACCUUGGAGGAGAUCCGCAGAGAGAAGGCAGCUCGAAUGCAGCAGAGAGCUGGGAAGGCGGAGAUGACUGAGAACAACCCCGGGGCUGGAGAUCAGAGAGACGCCGCUGCCACAAGACGACGGAUCCUGCGUAUUAACAAAGCAGCAGGAGCCCUUGGUAAAAAUGAUAAAGUAGUAGAGUCCACGAAGGAGCCUGAAGAACCAUCCCCCGAACCCGACACCUUGCAGGCGGCAACAACAAAUGGGAGCAGCAGCGCCCCAGUGGAGAAAGUGUUGGUGAAGAGCUUUGAGGAGAUCAUGAGAGAGAAGCGACUUCGUAAACAGCAGGGAGACUCCUCACCAGCCUCCAUCGAGCCGGGCGCGACGACUCCUGCCCCUCUUAAACCAGUAGAGGAGGCUCCAGCCGGUGUCAAACAGGGCCAGCUUUUACCAGUUCCUGCCCAACAAAGAGCAACACAGCCAGCCGCUGCCCAACCAAGAGAACGUGCUCCUGUCUUGCUUAAAAAAAGAGACCUUGUCCCUGCCCCUGUCCAGCAGAGAGCGACAUCACCAGCUAGUGUCAAACAGUGCGAGACAGAUACUGUUCCUACCUCUGUCAAGCAGAAAGAGACCACAUCUGUCAAAGAGGGACAGCUUUCCCAAACAUCUGUCCAGCAAAAAGAGACAUCACCAGUGUCAGUCCAGCCAAGUAAGAAAGUUCCUGCGUCAAACAAAAAGAGAGCGACAGUUCCUGUCUCCUUUAAGACGACAGAGAAAGUCCUUGCUUCAGCCAAACGGCUUUCACCAGCCACUGCUGAAAAGAAAGAGGGUGUACCGGACCCUGUCGUAGAAGAAAAAGCAGUACAGUCUCCAUCAGGUCCAAAAGACAGUGCUUCCCCAGUGACCCCAGAGGAGCCCCAGCCUGAAGCAGUGCAGCAGGCAGUGGCUGAAAAACCAGCAGUACAGGCACCUGAGCCAAAAGUGAGACCAAAGCUGAAUGUGAAGCCGUCGAUGAUGAAGCCAGCUUCCCCCGUGAGGCUGGGACAGAAACGUAAAGCUCCUGAGAGCCACCCGUCGGCUAUAGCUGCUGUGAAACCCAUGAACAGCGCGUCCUCUACAGAGGAAGAGCAGGAGCCUCCCCACAAGCAGUCUGAGACUGUUGCAAAUUCAGAUAAACCAGAGACAUUGCCCAAAAAUGACUGUCCGUCUGAGCCACGCAAGAAACCGGUAAACUCUCUGCAGAAAUUCCCUCUGGCAGAGGCCGAAAGGACCAAGCCAGCAGCGGUACAGAGUACCCCAGCAGAAGAGCCCCAGCGAGCUACAGAAAGCGUGGUGGUGGCCAGUCCCUCUGCCCACCCUCAGCGGCCCGCCCAUCAGGUGAGGACUCGCAGGCUGAGCUCAGUGUCCUCGCGGGCCGGCGCCUCCCUCAACAGCUGCGCCGCGGUGGACGACUUUGAGGAGUUGAUGAAGGAGUUCUCUGAUGACCGGCUGGAGGACGAGCUUGAGUUGGACCCGGCCAAGGGGGAAGAUGACCUGCUACUGGAGCUCUCCGAGAUGAUCGGCAGCUAGGGACCUCGCCUGGGAGAGAGGCUGUGAGGGGCUGACGGGGGAAGGGGUGGUAGUGCGGUAGUGCACAGGCACCCAAAGGUCACUCAAAAAAAAAAAAAAAAAAAAAAAAAAAAAAAAGUUUUUCUUUUAUUCUUAAGAUUCAUGUUGGAGGGGCUUUUGGGAAUGCAGAGCUGGCACCACAUACUAAAAAAAACAAAACAAAAAUCAGCAUAUGGGCUUCGAGUAGCACCCAUCACAUUUUUUUUAGGUCCUUGAACCUCUUGGAGCUUUAUGUUUGCUACAAAUGGAUAAGACUGAAGUGGCUCGUUUGCCCCCACAACCACUGCUGCUCCCGCCUCCAGUGCUGUCUCUACACCAGUCCCAGACUUGUAAUGAAUGCAGAAUGGUUACUUCUUGGUUUAACCUCUUCACCUGACUAGCAGUUUGCACUGCCUUAACUGGUGUGUCUCAAGUUAGCAUUCCUUGCAUGCUCAGGAUCUCUAAUCAAAGACAAGGGGCAGCAUUUGAUUUCUUUUAAUUUAACUGUUUCUCAAUUUAUAACUUUAAGAAGCUCCCCCUUCCCUUUUCCCAGUGAGUUAUAUAGUAUAGGUCAGUUUCUGUGCAUUUAGCUGUUAAAUGUAUGAGACUUUUACUACCUGUUCCCAAAGGGAAUUCUAAUUGCAUAUUGCUUUUUUGUAUGUAUGUUUCACUCUUCAGAAAGACAAAGUCCCCAGAAACUAACAAAUACCGAUCAAUGUUUUUAGAUUUAUUUUUCGUCUGCAAAAAGGACAAUUUUUUCAUGUGCAGUCGUUCAUGUAAGUCACCAACUGUUCCACCUGACCAGAAAAAGAAAAAUCUAAAACAGGCUUAAACAUACAGCUCUACAAGACAGCUCACAAAUAAACUGCCUAGCUGCAUUGUGCCCCUGCACUAAAACUAUUGUAAACCCAAACAAGUAGUGGUUGUCCUUUAUAGCCAUAUCAUAUUAUAGGCAAAUAAUUUUUUCUUUGGAAUUGAUUUUUGCCCUUUUGGAGGUAUCGGCAGCUUAAAUGCGAGUGUUAUAGCAGCAGUCAUGUUACCAAGCAGGCAAGGACCAUCUGACUCAAGCAUCUGUCCAGCACUUAACUUUCCUCAUUAAUAAUUUGAGGGAAUUGUCUUGUCAAAAGCAAGCAAGAAAGACAAGAGACUUUUAAAACUGUGGAGAGAGUAAAUAACUUGUGGCAUAACCCUUACAUUUAGUGUGAUCUGAUCCCCAAUUCUCUUGGCUGGGGCUAGGCUGUUGACUGGAGAGUCCAGUUUUGUGUGAUGUGCUGUUUAGGUUUUUUCUUCUUUUUCUAACUGUGAUUGGGGUUUGACUUUAUAUAGAGAAGCUGCUGUAAGAUGCCUCUUGUCAAACACAAUGCUGGAAAUUCAGUUUAAACUUUGAAAAUAGUCCAGAAAGUUAUUUAAUUCUCCAUUUUAAUGUGAGCCCUGUUUACUGUCAAUUUGUGAGACCAGGAUAGACAAACUGGCCGCUAGCUAUCCAGAUGUAAUACGCUGAGUGGCACGGUUGUCUCUCCAGUUUCUAUUCACCAUAA